CCGCGCUCCUGCUGCUUCCGGCGGGAGCCGGAAGACGCUGUGUGUGGACGGAAUUCGGGACCGCCUGACGGCCGGCCGGCUGCCCGGGACGGAAAGAUUUCUGGAAGCUAGCAAGGGGAAGAAGAAGGACUCAACAGGACAAUAAACACUUAUUCAGGCUAAAUUGAUUACCCACCCAGCACAACAUCUUACAGGAAAAACAUAGCAUUUCCUAGAGGAAUAUGAGCAUUACUAGAAGGUGUUAUUGACUCUGAAUUAAAUUUUUAACCGGUCCCUUGAACAGCUACAGGAUUUGGAAGCUGAAUCAAUGUUAUCAGAUGAGUUAGAAUCCAAACCAGAGCUCCUGGUACAGUUUGUUCAGAAUACAUCCAUCCCAUUGGGACAGGGGCUAGUAGAAUCAGAAGCUAAAGACAUAACUUGCUUGUCCCUCCUUCCAGUGACUGAGGCCUCAGAAUGCAGUCGGCUGAUGUUACCAGAUGAUACUCCAAGUCAUACAAACUCCUCCAAAGAGGUCCCUUCCUCAGCUGUUUUGAGAAGCCUUCAGGUGAAUGUGGGCCCAGAUGGAGAGGAGACGAGGGCUCAGACUGUACAGAAGUCCCCAGAGUUUUUGUCGACUCCAGAGUCUCCUAGCUUGUUGCAAGAUCUACAGCCAAGUGAUAGCACUUCUUUCAUUCUUCUUAAUCUAACAAGAGCAGGUCUGGGCUCUUCAGCUGAGCACUUAGUAUUUGUACAAGAUGAGGCAGAGGAUUCAGGGAAUGAUUUCCUCUCCAGUGAGAGCACGGACAGUAGCAUUCCAUGGUUCCUCCGGGUUCAGGAGUUGGCUCAUGAUAGUUUGAUUGCUGCUACUCGUGCACAACUGGCAAAGAAUGCAAAAACCAGCAGCAAUGGAGAAAAUGUCCACCUUGGUUCUGGUGAUGGGCAGCCCAAAGAUUCUGGGCCCCUUCCUCAAGUGGAAAAGAAGCUCAAAUGUACAGUUGAAGGCUGUGACCGGACAUUUGUGUGGCCAGCUCACUUCAAGUACCAUCUCAAAACGCAUCGAAAUGAUCGCUCUUUCAUCUGUCCUGCAGAAGGCUGUGGGAAAAGCUUCUAUGUGCUGCAGAGGCUGAAGGUGCAUAUGAGGACCCAUAAUGGGGAGAAGCCCUUCAUGUGCCCCGAGUCUAGCUGUGGUAAGCAGUUCACCACAGCUGGAAAUCUGAAGAACCACUUGCGCAUCCAUACAGGAGAGAAGCCUUUCCUUUGUGAAGCCCAAGGAUGUGGCCGUUCCUUUGCUGAGUAUUCUAGCCUGCGGAAACAUUUGGUGGUUCACUCAGGAGAGAAGCCUCAUCAGUGUCAGGUCUGUGGAAAGACCUUCUCUCAGAGUGGGAGUAGGAAUGUGCACAUGAGAAAGCAUCACUUGCAGCUGGGAGCAGCUGGGAGUCAAGAGCAGGAGCAAACUGCUGAGCCACUCAUGGGCACUAGUUUGCUUGAAGAGGCCUCAGUAACCAGUAAAAACCUGGUGCCUAUGAAUUCCCAGCCCAGCCUUGGUGGAGAGUCCUUGAAUCUACCAAAUACCAAUUCUAUCCUAGGAGUUGAUGAUGAGGUGCUUGCUGAAGGAUCCCCACGUCCUCUGUCUUCAGUGCCUGAUGUGACACAUCACUUGGUGGCCAUGCAGUCAGGGAGGCAGUCAUAUGAAGUUUCUGUCUUAACUGCUGUAAAUCCACAGGAGUUACUAAACCAAGGAGAAUUAACUGAAAGACGGACAUGAGCAUGGGUACCACCACCUGGAAGAGCAGCUCUAUCUGAUCCUGGAGUGCACAUAGUGGGAACAAGACGCUUAUGGCUCGUAAUCUGCCAGAACCAAAAUGAAUCUGUGAAGGACAGGACCCCACUUUUGCCUCUGUUCAUCUUCUCUGACACAGAAGAUGAAUGUAGGAGAGCUUCUCUUCAAACUACAUCUGAUCCAGACAAGGAAGAAAGCAGUGAAUGUGGGCUGGGUAACUGUACCUACCUCUCUUCCCACUACAAAAUUUUGGGAUGGACUUCUCCCAAAAGGGAAUUUGAUUACGUGUUGGCUGAAAUUUCUUCAGUGUGACUGUUGAGAAGGGAUUUUCAUUUGAAGAAUUUGCAUCCCAGACUCAGCUGGCUUUUCACCAGGAUGAACUAAAUCCUGCCACCAACCAUAAAACUUCACCAAGAAGUUGAGCUUUCAAGAUGCCUUGUUGCUUUGGAGAAGGGAGUGAUGUCAAUUCUAUUGUGGCAUUUUCCCUUUAGCAACCUGAGUAAGAGACUCUCUGCCACUGGGCUGCAAAAAAAAUAAAUUACUUGAAUCCCUACUUGGCCCGGGCUGAGGUACUAUCUUGUCAUAUCCACCUCUACUUGGUCAUUUUGCUUUGUUUAUGGAAUAUACAGUAGCAUGUUAAAAGGAUUUUGUUUUUUUGAAAGUUAAAUAUCACAUGAUUCAGACCUUCAGUUGUUUUCCCUUUAAAUAAACAAGACAGCCCAGUCAGUUCUUUGA